AUGGCAAUGCAGUGGAGUUCAACUCUGUUUGUGCUCCGGAUUGUUUGGUUGGCGCUUUUUGGAUGGGUCUCGUCUUGCUUGACUGUCGCCGACGAGGUUGCCCACUCCCUGAGAACUGGAGAUAUUGGCCCAUUCAUUAUUGGCUGA